AUGUCCCAAUUCCUCACCUACCUCCCCCAAUUCGAGGGCAUCCUGCCCAAAUGGCUGGUCUUCGUCUCCGUCGUGUCCGCCCUUAACAGCGUGCAAGCCUACUGCUCGCCGCAAUAUACCUCCCAACUCUACAGCAAUGGCCAGGUUCCUGCCAGCCCGCUCUCCGGCCGCGUCUUCGGAACUUGGACUUUCCUGUCUGCUGUCAUUCGCAUGACUGCCGCUUACAACAUUGACAACCCUGUCGCGUACAACCUCGCUAUGUGGACUUAUGGAAUUGCGCUGACGCACUUCGUUGGAGAGUUGAUCGUUGGCAACGCUACGCUCAAGGGCCGCUUCUUGAGUCCUUUGAUUGUUGCUUCUGCUUCGCUUGCUUGGAUGAUCACUCAGCGUGAGGUGUAUCUGGCUUAG